AUGGCCUCCCAAAAUGACUCCAGUGUAUCCUUCGUUCUCUAUCGAUACACCCCGUCAAUCCCAGCGGCGGCCAUAUUCACUGCUGUGUUCAUCAUCCUGGCCAUAGUCCACACCUAUCUUGCUAUAAGACAUCGAUCAAAAUAUUUCAUUCCUUUCAUCAUUGGUCUACUCUUCGAAGCAGCCGGCUACAUCGCCCGAAUCUUCUCCCACUAUGACACCCUCGCUCUCGGCCCCUACAUCAUCCAGACCAUGCUCAUCCUCGUCGCGCCUCCCCUCUUCGCCGCUUCAAUCUACAUGACCUUAGGCAGACUGAUUCUCUAUCUCGACGCCGAGUCCGCCUCUCUCCUUCGAGUAAAAUACAUUGCUAAGAUAUUCGUCGUCGGGGAUAUCAUCUCCUUCCUGUUGCAAUGUGGAGGCGGUGGCUACAUGUCAGCCGGAAGCCUCUCCGCAAUGGAAGACGGCGCCCACAUUGUAAUCGCCGGUUUAGCCGUCCAGCUUCUCUUCUUCGGAUUUUUCAUCAUCGCCAGCGCUAUCUUCCACUACCGAGUGAAGACGAAUUCGCAAUACUACACUACUAGACAGGUGAUAUCAUCCUCCUCCCGUCGUCGCGACUCGUGGGAAUGCAUGCUGUGGUGUAUUUAUGGGGCGUGUGUGUUGAUUCUCAUUCGGUCCAUUUAUCGUGACGUUGAGUUCGUGGAGGGGAAUGAUGGCUUUGUUAUGCGCCUGGAGUACCUGUUGUAUAUUUUUGAUGCUGUGUUGAUGGCCUUGCAGGCGAUGUUGUUGUUGGUUGGCUAUCCUGGACGGGUGUUGGGAGGGGGCAAACGCAACGAUGGGGGUGUUCCGUUGGAGGAGAGGGCGGAUUCAGCGGAGGGUUUUCUGGGACGUGGGAAGGGGGCAGUUUAG